GAGCCCUCGCUGUUCCCUAGACUCCCAGCAGCAUGGGUUUUCAUUUCUUGAGAUCACUCAGUGCCCUCGGUUCCCUCCUGCUGCUUGGAUUCCAGCUUGUCUGCCCACAGCUCUCCACUGAACACAGAAAGGUCCCGCAGCGGAUGACAACGGUGGAAGGCGUUCCGGAGGACAGUGGCGGCGGCUCCCCGGGCGUGUGGGGCGCCUGGGGUCCCUGGUCGGCUUGCUCGCGCAGCUGCAGCGGCGGCGUGAUGGAGCAGACGCGGCCCUGUUUGCCUGGCUCGUACCGCGCGCGUGGCCUGCCGCUGCCUGGAACCCCUGCGCACGCCUUCGCGGGCCAUGUGGUGUCUGCCGUGCGCACAUCGGUGCCGCUGCACCGGACCCACGAAGAGCCCCGCGCAAGCCUCAACGCCGGCCGCCAGGGCAUUGCGGGGUUGCGCGGGAGCCGGCAUCCGCAAGCCCGGGGCCGCGAACCCACAGCAGAAAGAAGGAGCAGAAGCCGAGGUCCCAUCGGUCCUGGCAAGUAUGGCUACGGGAAGGCCCCCUAUAUCCUACCAUUGCAAACGGACACUGGCCACAUGCCACAGAGACUUCGGAGACAGAGGCCUUCACCUCGACAUUCCAGGUCUCAGGGAGCAUCCAGUCCUAGACAUGGGUACAGGCCCCCAACCCACCAGGCACCUCAGCAUGGCUCUCUGUACCAAAGCGACCAUGACCCUCUCUCUGGACGGCAAGCCUCAGAGGCCUCCAUCUACCAGCUGCCCUUGACCCAUGACCAAGGCUUCCCUGCGUCCUCGAGUCUCUUCCACAUGCCGGAAACAAGCAGUAGCCAUGGUGUGGGGACCCCCAGAGCUGCCCAGAGCUUCUCCCAGCCCUCCCGGUCCACUGCAAUCGCCUGCAUUGGGGCCUACAGACAGUAUAAGCUGUGCAACACCAACGUAUGUCCCGAAAGUAGUAGAAGUAUCCGAGAGGUGCAGUGUGCAUCUUACAACAACAAGCCUUUCAUGGGUCGCUUUUAUGAAUGGGAACCGUUCGCAGAAGUGAAGGGCAAUCGAAAGUGUGAGUUGAACUGCCAAGCAAUGGGCUACCGCUUCUACGUGCGACAAGCUGAGAAGGUCAUUGAUGGCACUCCGUGUGACCUGAACGGCACAGCCAUCUGUGUGUCUGGGCAGUGCAAGAGUAUUGGCUGUGAUGACUACCUGGGCUCUGACAAAGUCGUGGACAAGUGCGGGGUGUGUGGAGGCGAUAACAGUGGCUGCCAGGUUGUGUCGGGUGUGUUUAAGCAUGCCCUCACUAGCCUGGGCUACCACCGAGUGGUUGAGAUUCCCCAGGGGGCCACAAAAAUCAACAUCACCGAGAUGUACAAGAGCAACAACUAUUUGGCCUUGCGAAGUCGCUCUGGCCGCUCCAUCAUCAAUGGGAACUGGGCAAUUGAUCGACCUGGAAAAUAUGAGGGCGGAGGGACGAUGUUCACUUACAAGCGUCCAAAUGAGAUUUCAAGCACUGCAGGAGAGUCCUUUUUGGCAGAAGGACCCACUAAUGAGAUCCUGGAUGUCUAUAUGAUACACCAGCAGCCUAACCCUGGAGUCCACUAUGAGUACGUCAUCAUGGGGACUAAUGCCAUCAGCCCCCAGGUGCCACCUCACAGAAGACCAGGGGAGCCCUUCAAUGGCCAGCUGGCACCCGAGGGCAGGAGCCAGGACCAGGAGGAAGAGAAAGAGAGGAGCGAGGAGAAGGAAGAAGACGUACAUGGGGAGACACCUGAACUGUUUACCCCAGAAUCGGCCCAGACCUUCCCAGUCAGGCAGCCAGAUCGAUUUACUCCCCACCGGCCGGACCAUUUGGUGCCACCAGCACCACAGCCCCCACGGAGAAGCCGGGAUCACAACUGGAAGCAGCUUGGGACCACCGAAUGCUCGACUAGCUGCGGAAAAGGAUCGCAGUUCCCCAUUUUCCGCUGUGUGAACAGAAAUACACAUAAAGAAGUUCCUGAGGGCUACUGUGACGCCAGCAUGAAGCCCACCCCCGAGGAGGAGCCCUGCAACCUGUUCCCCUGCCCGGCCUUCUGGGACAUCGGAGAAUGGUCUGAGUGCAGCAAAACCUGUGGCCUGGGCAUGCAGCAUCGCCAGGUCCUGUGUCGCCAGGUGUAUGCCAACCGCAGCCUGACAGUGCAGCCCUAUCGCUGCCAGCACCUGGAGAAGCCGGAGACCACCAGCACCUGCCAACUCAAGAUCUGCAGCGAGUGGCAGAUCCGCACAGACUGGACCUCGUGCUCAGUGCCCUGUGGAGUGGGACAGAGGACCCGAGACGUGAAGUGUGUCAGCAACAUUGGGGAUGUGGUGGAUGAUGAGGAAUGCAACAUGAAACUGCGGCCCAAUGACAUCGAGAACUGUGACAUGGGGCCCUGCGCGAAGAGCUGGUUCCUCACCGACUGGAGUGAGAGAUGCUCAGCGGAGUGUGGGGCGGGAGUGCGGACACGCUCGGUGGUGUGCAUGACCAACCACGUCAGCAGCCUACCGCUGGAGGGCUGUGGGAACAACCGCCCAGCUGAGGCUACCCCCUGUGACAAUGGGCCCUGCACUGGCAAGGUGGAGUGGUUUGCAGGGAGCUGGAGUCAGUGUUCCAUCGAGUGCGGAAGUGGAACCCAGCAGAGGGAAGUGAUCUGUGUUAGGAAGAAUGCAGACACCUUUGAAGUGCUGGACCCCUAUGAGUGUGCCUUCCUGGAGAAACCACCGAGCCAGCAAUCCUGCCAUCUCAAGCCUUGUGGAGCCAAAUGGUUUAACACAGAAUGGAGCAUGUGCUCCAAGAGCUGCCAAGGUGGUUUCCGGGUCCGGGAGGUACGGUGUCUGUCAGAUGACAUGACCUUAAGUAACCUGUGUGACCCUCAACUGAAACCUGAAGAAAGAGAAUCUUGUAACCCUCAAGACUGUGUCCCUGAAGUGGAUGAAAACUGCAAAGACAAGUACUACAACUGCAACGUGGUGGUCCAAGCCCGGCUCUGUGUCUACAACUACUACAAGGCUGCCUGCUGUGCCUCAUGCACCCGCGUGGCCAACAGGCAUCCUGGGUACCUGGGGAGCAGAUAA